UUUCCCGCCAAAACACUGUGACGGGUCCAUUUACUCUCUCCCAUCCCUCUUUCCCUCUCUAGCAAACGCCUGAAGGAGGAACUCCGAAGGAACCCUCGCUCUCUCUCUCUUCCUCUGCUGCUCUGUGAAAAUGGAUUCCGAUGAUCCAUCGACGCCUGGGUCGCCAACAUCCGCCGGAUUCAGCACCGACCGGCUCCCGCCGAACACCAGCCGGACAUCGCAUUCUUCUGAUGACGAAGCUGCUGUUGAUCCGCACAUCGUUAACGACGAUGUUGAUGAGGGGGAUCCGGAGGGGGAGGAAGAAGGGGAAGAUCUCUUCAAUGAUAACUUCCUAGAUGAUUAUCGGGCAAUGGAGGAACAAGAUCAGUACGAGUCCAUUGGAAUGGACGACUCCAUGGAGGACGAGAGAGAUCUGGAUCAGAUCAUGGAGGAUCGGAGGGCUGCAGAGCUUGAGCUCGACGUUCGGGACGGGAGAACAGCUAAUCGGAAACUCCCUCGUCUUCUUCAUGAUCAAGACACUGAUGAAGAUCAACAUAUGAGACCCCGAAGAAGGCUCAGAGUUGAUGGCAAAAGACCUGCUGCAAGUACUGACGAUACUGAUGGCGCAAUGCAAAGUUCUCCUGGACACCCACCUCGAUGGCUACCAAGAGAUGAUACUCCAAUGACCAAUCAAACGGAUGAUGAGCCAUAUGAGGACGAAGAUGAUGAUGAAGGUGAGUAUGACCUAUAUCGUGUACAAGGAACCCUCCGAGAGUGGGUUACCAGAGAUGAGGUUCGCCGCUUAAUUGCUAAGAAAUUUAGAGAGUUCUUGUUGACAUAUGAUCCAAAGAAUCAAGAUGAUCUUAUCUAUGUGCGGUUGAUAAAUGAAAUGGUUGCAGCCAACAAAUGUAGCUUGGAGAUAGACUAUAGACAGUUCAUCUAUGUCCAUCCCAAUAUUGCAAUCUGGUUGGCUGAUGCACCUCAGUCGGUUCUUGAAGUAAUGGAAGAAGUAGCUCAAAAGGUUGUGUUUGAGUUUCACAGCAACUACAAGAAAAUCCACCCAAAGAUAUAUGUACGGAUAACUGAAUUGCCAGUUUUUGAUGCGAUAAGGAACAUAAGGCAAGUUCAUCUGAACACCUUGAUUCGGACAGGAGGUGUAGUCACUAGGCGCUCAGGAGUUUUUCCUCAGCUGCAACAAGUGAAAUAUGACUGCAAUAAGUGUGGGGCAGUCCUUGGCCCCUUUUUCCAGAACUCGUAUUCAGAAGUCAAAGUGGGCUCUUGCCCUGAAUGCCAAUCCAAAGGACCUUUUACUGUGAAUAUUGAACAAACUAUAUAUAGGAACUACCAGAAAUUAACUCUACAGGAAAGCCCAGGAACUGUCCCUGCUGGUCGGCUACCUAGAUACAAAGAGGUGAUACUGUUGAAUGAUCUGAUUGAUUGUGCACGUCCUGGAGAAGAAAUUGAGGUUACAGGCAUAUACACAAACAAUUUUGACUGGUCCCUAAACACAAAGAAUGGCUUUCCAGUCUUUGCAACAAUUAUUGAGGCAAACUAUGUGACUAAAAAACAGGACCUCUUUUCUGUUUACAAACUCACGGAUGAUGAUAGAGCAGAAAUAGAGAAACUUGCCAAGGACCCAAGAAUUGGAGAAAGAAUUAUAAAGUCAAUUGCACCAUCUAUAUAUGGCCAUGAGGACAUCAAGACUGCAAUUGCUCUGGCAAUGUUUGGGGGGCAAGAAAAGAAUGUUAAAGGGAAUCAUCGCUUGAGAGGAGAUAUAAAUGUUCUCCUUCUUGGAGAUCCAGGGACUGCCAAGUCUCAGUUUCUUAAGUAUGUGGAGAAGACAGGGCAGAGGGCUGUCUAUACUACUGGAAAAGGAGCUUCUGCUGUUGGACUCACAGCAGCAGUUCACAAAGAUCCUGUUACUAGAGAGUGGAUUCUUGAAGGAGGUGCACUUGUGUUAGCUGAUCGAGGCAUCUGCUUAAUUGAUGAGUUUGAUAAAAUGAAUGAUCAGGACAGAGUGAGUAUUCAUGAAGCCAUGGAACAGCAGAGCAUUAGCAUAUCAAAAGCUGGGAUUGUGACAUCACUUCAAGCACGAUGCUCUGUGAUUGCUGCUGCUAAUCCUCUUGGUGGCAGAUAUGAUUCGUCAAAGACCUUUUCCCAGAAUGUGGAGCUAACCGAUCCAAUUGUCUCGCGUUUUGAUAUUUUAUGCGUUGUAAAGGAUGUAGUUGACCCUGUCACGGAUGAAAUGCUGGCUAGGUUUGUGGUUGAUAGCCAUUCUAAAUCUCAACCCAAGGGCGCAAGAAAGGAAGAUGAAUUAGCUAGUCUUCUGCAAGAAGAUAUCCCUCCUGCUGACCCUGAGAUCUUAUCUCAGGAUAUUCUUAAGAAGUAUGUAACAUAUGCCAAGUUAAAUGUCUUCCCCAAAUUACAUGCUGCUGAUCUUGAGAGGGUUUCACAUGUAUAUGCAGAACUACGACGAGAAUCAUCUAGUGGUCAAGGGAUUUUGAUAGCAGUAAGGCAUAUGGAAUCGAUGAUAAGGAUGGCUGAAGCCCAUGCUAGGAUGCAUCUCCGGCAGUAUGUCACAGAGGAAGAUGUAAGCAUGGCAAUUAGAGUGUUGCUUGAGUCUUUCAUCUCAACGCAGAAAUUUGGCGUUCAGAAAGCCCUACAGAAGAGCUUGAAGAAGUACAUGACCUUUAAGAAAGACUACAAUGAGCUACUACUGCUUCUUCUUCGUGGGCUUGUCAAAGACAAGAUUCAGCUUGAAGAACUUGUAUCUGGUUCAAUUUCCAGACUUACCCAUGUUGAGGUCACAGUGGAGAAACUAUUGAACAAGGCCCAGGAAUACGAAAUUUAUGAUUUGAAGCCGUUCUUUAACAGCAUCCAGUUCUCAAGGGCAAACUUCGUUCUGGAUGAAAAACGGGGAAUCAUAACUCAUCCUCUUGCAGUAUGAACAGAAAGAGGAAAACCAUUUGUAAUAGUACUAUCUUCAAUUUUCUGUAACUGAUCCCGGUCUGAUGCCUGGUACUACUCUGUACAGAAGUAAUGCAGAUGUUGGAAGCUAUUCUUAACAUUUAAGAUAACUAAACUGAUUCUGUAUUGUUAGUUUUCUGGUGUGGCGAAGAUAUCGUUGGUGUUGGUUAGGGAGAUUUGAUGACCUUGGCCAAGGCUUGGUUAGAUCACUAACUUUAUUGGUCGGCUUGGGUGAACUGCAAAUUCCAGUUGCCUUUGUACUUAAUUCCUUGAAUGCUGGUGGCACUGGUGUUUGUAAGGGAUAACUGUGGCUUUAAUUAUUGACUUGUAAUUUUCUUUCUCCAACGUAGUAAAUAUGUCUUGAUUGCUCUGAGCUUCUA